UUAUCAGAUCAUUGUUGUCUUCCACAGGCUCUCAACUUCACACACACACAGACACACAGAGAGAGAGAGAGGAGGAGGAGGAGAGGGAGAGAUGUUGUUUCAGGUAGGAGGGCAAGGGGACCGACCCACCUUCUUCGAGAUGGCGGCGGCUCAGCAGCUCCCUUCCAGUCUCAGAGCCGCCCUCACCUAUUCACUGGGCGUGUUGGCUUUACGAAGACCCUUCCUCCAUAAGGUUUUAGACUAUGAAGACGAGUUCUUUGCCUUCCUCAUGCUCAUUCUUGAAACUCACAGCUUACGCACUACAGAUGCUUCAUUUGCUGAAUCUUUAUAUGGCUUGCGAAGGAGAGCAGUUAACAUAAAAGUGAAAAAGGAUAAUACUCGUUCAGAUUCGGGUGACAGGAUUAGUCACUCGGGGUUGGAGAAGCACCAAAAAGUUCUCUCAGUUGCCUUUCUGGUUGUUUUGCCAUAUUUUAAGUCGAAAAUGCAUUCUAUAUAUAACAAAGAGAGGGAGGCUAGACUUCGAGCUAGUUUAUGGGGAGAUGGCGAUGAAAGAUAUGAUGAUGCUGACUAUCUUGAUGGAGGUAGUAGUUCUGUAGUUUCAACGAGCGGUUCAGAUGUCGGGGAAUCAGUGGGCGCAAUUUUGAAGAAAAAGAUUCAAAAGGUUAUUUGUGCUUGCUACCCAUGGCUACAUGCUGGAAAUGAAGGAUUGUCAUUUGCAUAUCAGCUGCUGUAUCUGCUGGAUGCUACCGGUUUCUAUUCACUUGGAUUACAUGCCCUUGGAAUUCAUGUUUGUCGAGCUACAGGGCAAGAACUGAUGGAUACUUCUUCUAAAAUUUCUAAGAUAAGAAGUCGUGAACGUGAAAGGCUCCGUGGCCCUCCUUGGUUGAAGGCAGUACAAGGAGCGUUGCUGAGCUGUACGUACACAGUUCUUGACUAUGCACAAACUGGUUUAAUUGCUGCAGUGUUCUUCUUUAAGAUGAUGGAAUGGUGGUACCAAUCUGCAGAGGAGAGAAUGUCGGCACCAACAGUGUAUCCUCCACCACCUCCUCCUCCUCCCCCAAAGAUUGCCAAAGAGGGAAUUCCACUGCCACCUGAUAGAGCAAUGUGCCCUUUGUGUUCGCAAAAGCGUGCAAAUCCAUCAGUACUUGCUGUUUCAGGAUUUGUAUUCUGUUAUGCUUGCAUAUUUAAAUAUGUUUCUCAGUAUAAACGAUGCCCAGUUACUCUACUGCCUGCGACAGUGGACCAGAUUAGGAGACUCUUUCAUGAUGUGUAGAUAUACAUAUUAGGGAUUGUUUAGGGAUACUUCAUUUGUCUAUUUCAUUAAGAAUGCAGUGAACAAGAUGACCUUGAAUGAGAUGCAGUUAUUAUAAGCAAGUCUGAGAAUCAUGUGCCCGGGAAAAUAAUGUUGAAGAGUUUGAUCUUUGUAUCGGUUUCAAACACCAGGAAGUCCGAUAAUCACGUGCCUGGGAAAAUAAUGUUGAAGAGUCUGAUCUUUGUAUCGGUUUCGAACACCAGGAAUGUACUGGCUUUCCCAUCUUUGUAAAAUGAUUUCAUUGCUUUAGUAAAGAAAGCUUGUUAGACAUAUUGUUGUGUAGACUCUCCUACCAUAUGACCCAAACAAAAGAAGAAAGAUUGUUGCACUA